CAGGGACUCGCGGACCUGAGAGGUGGAAAAAAAAUAAAAAAAGUGUUACAGAACAGAAGUAGUCGAGGCGUAUGAGAAAACAGGAAGCAAAGAGGUGGAAAGCCAAGCAGGGGUGGUUGUUGUUAAAAAAAACUUGAGGGGCAACUCUGUCGUGAUUUUGCGCUUUUAAACUGUCAACACUUGCGGUUGGUUAGAGCUCGAGGACUUUCUGUCCGUUGCCUGGACACCGCUGAAGGAAGGAAGCUCGCGCUGCGCGCCGAAGUGGACGGAUCAACGACUACCAGUUCAGGGGUCUCGGUUUAUUAACUCGUACAGGAAUGAACCCCACCUCGCUAUUAUUUUAUUACUUUGAAGCCAGGGCGUGAUUCUGUAGCUUUCAAACGUGGCCCUGCUCGAUUUCACUGGAGUAUUUUGACGUUGAAGAAGUCCUCACUCCUCCUGACAGCAACGGCGGACGGUAGCGAGUCUAGCGACUAGCGAGUGAAUGCACGAGCAGGCAGGCUGAGCUAACGCGAGCUAGCGACUUAGCUGCUAAUGUCAACUAACAUGGAGGGAGAGGUGCAUGUGUUACAUAACAACCGAAUGCAAUUAAAUCGCCGACUUUUGACACCUCUCAAGCACAGUUAUGGACGCGAUUUAUUCGUGAAAGAAUAAAACAAUAAGUUACGUAAGCACGUUGUUUUACGAGAGAUGGAGUCCAACUCGCUUAUCAGUGAUGUCUGUCCCCUGCAGCAAUGGAUCCGUCCAUUACACUGUGGCAGUUCCUGCUACACCUGUUGGAUGAUCAGAGUCAAAAGCACCUGAUCUCCUGGACAUCUGGGGACGGAGAAUUCAAGCUACUGGACGCUGAGGAGGUGGCCAGACUCUGGGGGCUCCGCAAAAACAAAACCAACAUGAACUAUGACAAACUGAGCAGAGCACUUCGAUACUACUAUGACAAGAAUAUUAUUAAGAAGGUUAGCGGCCAGAAGUUCGUCUACAAGUUUGUCACCUUUCCCGACCCCAACUCCGCUGAUGGCCUGAGAGGGCCCGAGGAUACCCAAAGGGCCAAUGCAGUGGAGAAAUUGGAGCUCUCCAUCCAGACCAAACCUGUAGGUGGCACUAACACCACCAACCCUUGUCUUUCCAAGAGCCUGCAGGUCCAGCGCACCUCCCCCAGCUCAGUGCAGCGCAGCUCCCGCAACGAUUACAUGAAGUCUGGCCUCUACUCCACGUUUACAAUCCAGUCCCUGCAAACACCCUGUAAAACCACAUCUAGAGCCAUUAAAUCAGAGCACUUCCUGAGUGACGGCAGCCCCAAAGCUGCCUCACUGGACCGUACAGUAUAUGAGGUGCGCGUGUGUCAGACAGAGGCCCAGCCGACUGUGGAGAGCAGUGGUCUGCAGGUGAUAGUGACCCACCCGUCUCCAUGUGCUACACCCGCCCUCAGUCCCCAGACACCCGCUGGCUCUGCCACAGCAGCCACGAACGCUCAAGCACAGAAGAGCCAGAAUUUGGGUGACCCGCCACAGAUCUACCUGUCUGAUCCCAGCUCUCUGACCUCCCUCAUUCCUCUGGCUCAUGGAGAAUGUGUGGUCAACCCCUCUCAGCAGGUGUUCGUGGUCAUUAAACCUCCACAUGUAGGGAUGACCAAAGAGUCCGGCCUUUCGCCUGAGGACGACCUGCUGGAGAUUGUUCAUCUGGAGGAAAAAUCAGAGGUUGAGCCGUCUCUUCAACAAGCUCAGUCAGUGUCUGCAGUUCCUGUCCCUGGAGUAAAAGAAGCACCGAUCCCUGCGGACGCCCCGUCACCCUGCGUGGAGUCUGCGGUCCAGCCCGUCGGGGAAGGAGAGGUCAAGGAAAAGUCAGAGCUGUCUGAGGAUUCCAACGCAGCAUCAGCCUCUCCCCCAUUGAGCACACAGGAAGUGCAGCCUCCUAAAUCAAAGAAGCCGCGCGUGCUUGAGCUGCCGUCCUCGUCCGCCCUGCUGCCACCUGGACUCUCACUGGAUAAAGUUAAUGCAGCGGUGAACAGUCUCCUGGCCCCCGGCAGUGCUGCAAAUACCCUAACGCCUACAGUUAUCACCUCACAUGCCCUGACUCCAGUGCUGUUGACACCGAGUCCGCUGCCAUCAACCAUUCACUUCUGGAGCACGCUCAGUCCUAUCGCUCCACGCAGCCCUGCCAAGCUCUCCUUUCAGUUCCCCUCUAACGGAAGCAAUCAGAUCCAGAUUCCCGCUCUGAGUGUAGAUGGCUUGUCCACACCUGUUGUUCUCUCCCCUGGACCACAGAAACCAUAACCUUCUAUUAAUUUCCUUGCCUUGCAACAUGGUGAUUGGCUUCCUCCCCAGCCAAUGAGAUGCCAAGGAACAGAACAUGGAAGACUCUGUAAGUUCUGCUUGGUGUUAAUUGGGGCAUCUGCUCCAGUGAUGACAAAGCACAAGGAUUGCGCUCUCCUUUACGAUUGGCUGACAGAGCAGCCCAGCUCUAGGCUUGAUGGUGGCAUUGUUAAGACUAUUUACACUUUAUUUUUCCCCUUUGCCUUUUUUAUAUGGUUGUCUGUUUAUUUAUUUAUUUUUGUUGUCUGAAAAGAAUCAUAACGCAUCUUGGUUUUCUUCAGAUGCACUUACCAGAAUGUUCAUAAUGACAUUUUAAUUUGGAACAUGGAUAUCUCACCUUUUUUAAUUUAUCGUAAUAACGAGUUAUGGACCACACAAGGAAACCUUUGAUUGAAUAGAGGCAUGAAAUGCCCUUACUUACAGACAGAGUAUUUCUUUACCUCGAACUGCAUUUCUUAAUUUUGUGUGAAUGGGAAGCAUGCAUUUAAAGUCUGAGAGAAGACGUCCAGAUUUAAGUGCAAGUUCAGUUCUUUCCUUGGCGUUGCAGAGACACAAUUUGUACACAAAUGGAUUUCUCAGUUUUUAAAGGACAUGACGCACUGUUGUUUUAUAGCAUUCUGCAUUUUUUCUAUGGACAAAUGAGUCAGUUUUGCUAAGGAGGCAUUGAAAAUGCCCAAGGAAUGUCAUGAUCAUUUCUAGGACCGAAGAGGCAGAAAGAGGCUGGACACAUUUCAAGAGAGGAGUCAUGCCAAGAUAUCACGAUCUGGAAUGUAUCAAUACUCUUUUUUUUUAUUAUUAUCUGGGACAUUCCUUUAUUUGAAAACUUUCUUCUUGUAAAUAUAUUUUGCACCCAUUCCGGUUUGAACAGAUUCAGUUGUUGUUCUAGAUCUCUUGUUUUUUUCCCUGACUAUCAAGAAACCCUUUUCUCUAGCAGCAUCCUAAAAGAAGAUGUGGAUUUUAGAAGCGCUACAUCCAAGCUGUUUCGGUUUCAUGUUUAAAAACAAAAAAUGCGGGAGGAGACCAAAGACCAACUGUCUGCAUACAAUCCAUCGAUGUUUUCUUUUGGUUCUCACUCUCUCCAUCUUUCUCCAAUUCUAUUUUUAAUCUGUCACAUUAAAGGGCUACAAGAACCUUAACGCUACCAAAAUGCUCAAUUUUUAAAAUUGUAAAUAACGGAUACACCUAACUCGCCAGCUAUAAGUGUGAAAUUCAAUACAGAUGUGAAUAGUUGGAAGUUAUUUAUGGAAGAACAGGAAGUAUGUAGCUUCAGCUGCUUUUGAAAUUGUUGGUCGUUUUGUGUAAACCGUGGCUCGCCUCUUAUGCUAUGUUCGUCUGAUGUGUUAAAAUCACACAUACGGUUGUUACCUCAAAGCUGUCAACAGCUCGAUGUGUCAAAGUCAAGGCAGGCACUCAAAUAUGUUGAGACUCUUUCCUACUGACAAACAAAGCCAACGUUUAUUUGCAUAUUUUCUUGUGCUUACGGUUUUUGAGAAGCUUUCUUGUCAGGAAAUGAUGGCGGUUGUAAAUGGAAUUCUGUGUCUUGUUGAUGGACAGCGGUUGGCUUAAUACAGCCUAAGACCGACUGAAUGGUGCUUUGUCAACGAUGCCAAACACGGAGCGUUUCCAUCCUUUCAUUUGACCCGAGUUUACUUAACUCACAUCUCCUUAUUUUACAUUUAGGGGUCAGUGACUUGAUUUUGGCUGCUUGUGUUGUUCAUAGAGACUUCUGGUUUGAUAUCUGCAUAAUUGUACUGAAUUGGAGGUUUUUGCUCAAAGCAUGAAGUCGUUGUUGUUGUUGUAUGUCACCUUUAAUUCUUUGGAUGAUUUGUGUUUGAUCUGGUUUGGGCUUUAGAUUAUACCCCUUAAACAAGAUGCAGCCCACAGCCGAUGUGCUACAUCCUCAGCCAAUGCAAACUGUACUAAUCUCAGUGAACGACUGUUCGAGGAUCAGCUCAGUUCAUCACAGCUCCUCUGUUGUGUUCAGAUGAUGUCACGGAUGCCCACGACACAUUGAAUGUUUUGUCCACGGGGCGUUUUGGGAGUUCUGCCCUCUCGCAUCACCACACGCUGAGCUCAUUCGUUUAAAUUGGCAAGUGACUUUGUGUCCGCAUAUAAAAAGUCAUCAGAGUUAUUGGUUAGUGAGUUCAGAGAGAUUAUCGUAAAACGUAUUGUCAUCGGUGAGUUACUUGUGGUAGAAACCGGCAAUAUCAGAUAACUCGCUGUGCUGGUCGAUUUAGUGAUUUGUGAGUAAUACUUUCUUUAUGCUAAAUCUUUAAUCGCCUCUGUUUUUGCAGUCUGUCACUUUCCCCUCAGCCCUCUCUGGAUUUCAGGGGAAGUGGAUCGGACUGUUCGUGCCUCAGAACGUCCACUUCACUUUAGCUGCGCGGCUGAGCUCUGUAAUGUGUUUUACUGCUGAUGUCUUUGAGCUUCUUCACCCUGCUGCGAUGCUGCUGUUUACUGUACAUCAGCACAAAUCAAUACGGUGACGGCAUUCUGUGCACGAUUCCCCGAAUUAAACUAUUAGAUAGUGAUGACUUUAUUUAUCCCUAAACAGGGAUUACCAAGCAAGCUUACAAAUGUUGAAAAUAUUGAAAUAGUGAGCCAUAUACAUUUAAAUUCUUUUCACUUUUAAAAUGAACAUUUAUACGAGCUAAAAAAGGAAUUAUACACGAGGUAUAUUUUGGAAGACUUUAGGAUAGUGUUGUGGGUUUGUGCUAAACUGCCUAAGACAAUUUUACAGUUGUCUGAAAAAAAAAACACGGUUGAAUAUUGUCAUUUUAAUGAGCUUUGGUCAAAUAAUGAAACUCAUGCUGCACGUCUCUGGACCCACAAAGACUGUUUGGGUAUCUUAAUACCACAUUUUAAUAGGCCUUAAAGUUGGAUUUCUGGUUAUGUGCUCAUUCAGUGACAAACCCUUUGGUAUUAAUAGUGAUAAGACCGAGUUGUUUUUUAUCUGAAGUCAUCCCAGAAUGAUAUUUUCAUGUGGAGAUGUCAUAUUUAUUAGAAGUAUAACAAGACAAAAAUAUGAAUUUAAGACAUUUUUAUUUAAUGCCUGUUUCCACACCCUGUUCCCUUAUGAGAACCAAAAAAUUGUAUUUGUUUUAACUGUACAAAGAAAUUGUAAAUGUUGGUAACCAGCAUGUGGUAAAUAUUCCUUUAUGCAAAUAAAGACGCAUUACAUAAAAAGCCAUUUAUGAAAUGAUCGAUUGGGCCAUAGAGAUGUAGGCUGAGACAAUGUGGAGAAGUGUCUAUAAAUGAUUUCCAAAUACCAGCAAUGGUUUGUUGCCGUCAGGGUGAAAGUUUCCAUUAUAAGAUGCUGUUAAUCUUACCGAAAUGUCUCAUUGAGAAAAACCUGUUUAAUGCUUGUUACUUGCUGUCCAAGUACCAAACCUAUCGCAGAAGAAAGAGUUGAACCUGUUGUGGCUACAAACUGUUAAGACAUUUGCCUCGUUUUGCUUUUCAAGUUACUGAAUUUGAACGUCUGCAGCGUCAGAUGCCGUAAUGAGUCUUUUCACUUGUUUUUCUCUUUGAAAUUUUAUGUGGGAACUGUUAUGUAUUGUAUGACUACAUUCAAUAACGUGUUGGGAAAUCUUGCGCUAUGCGUAUAUACUUGUGUACAAAACGUCCGCUAUUUGUGUAAAGAACGAACAUACAGCCCUGUUCAGCGUAUGGACUGUUGAGAAGCAGGUCUUUGUGGCCCGAGGUCCCUUUCCCAGAUGAGUCUCUCUCUGGGAGUUUAUUUCACGAAGGGACAGAGAGGCUUUUAUUUUUCUGACUGUCUAAAUGCUAUAUUGUAUGUACUGGAAAGAGAGAUAAAACUAUUUUCAUCUGCACAUUCUACUUGUUUGUGUAUGUGAUAGAUAUUAAUCUUGUUUUCUAUAAAGACAAAGGAGACUUGUAACUAAUAUGAAAAGUGAAUAAAAUGCUAUUUUGUUCUUUACAUUA